GAAAAGAUAAGGUUGUGCCCACAUAGGGAUAGCGACCAUAGGAGAAGUGCAAUUAUUGUUAAUAUUCAAUUGAUGAUGAUCACCUUCGAGAGACGAGAGUUUACGCAAAGAAGAGAAAGCAAUGUCGUACAUGUGCUCUUGCCCGUGGCGGUCAUAACAGUGGACUCGUUACGCAAGUCAAAACACGAACAUGCGUCUCUUCAGUGAGCUCAGUCUCUCAGCUCUACUGUCUGCAACACAGAGAAACCCAUAGCCACUGCCGACAACCUGUUCGACGAAAUGCCUCGCUGAGUACAAUCCCGAAGUUUCCCUGGUGCUGCUGCGACAAAAGUUAGGAUUUUCUUUCGUGGGCAACAGCAAGAUUUGCAUUUAGAGUGCCCGAAAAUGGCAGUUUCUCGGGUUCCAUCGUUGCAGUUUGGGGCUCGUGUUCUGCUCCGAACAGAUUCAGUCCCUUUGAAUUUAGCCAUUCCCAUCGUCAAGCACCAGAAGAGUUAUUCCGUAAGGCCAACAGUGGCCGAAGCGAAGGCGAAUCCUUGGACAGAAAGCGCAAAGAUCCGAAACAGGAGGAACCGAAAGAAGUUUACGGGCACUCCCACUAUUCCCAGGCUCUCGGUGUUCUGUUCCGACAAGCAGCUCUACGCGAUGCUCGUAGAUGACCAGAACAAGAAGUGUUUAUUUUACGGGAGCACGCUUCAGAAAUCCAUUCGCGGCGACCCUCCUUGUGGCACCAUAGAAGCGGCUAGACGUGUCGGGGAAGAGCUCAUCAAAGCGUGCAUGGACCUCAACAUCAAUGAAAUAUCGUCUUACGAUCUGAAUGGAUUUGCUCGGGGCGAAAGAAUGGAAGCAUUCGAGAUAGCGAUUUCUCGUCACGGGUUCUUACCCCGCUAGAGAUUUCCUUCAGAGCGAACCAAUGUAUAUUGAACAAACAGAAACAUGAAAGUUGCAUCUAAUCGUGUCUGUUACUCAUGAAAGUGUCCAUUAUUAAUCCAAAAAUUUUUCCAUUAA